UUCCUCACGUCGUAAUUACACGUAGCUUCACAAUGGCGUCUCAGGCAGAUUCAGUCGGUUGUCGGUGCGAACUCUAAUAAGGGGAAGGGGAAAGAGGUCCCUUCCCAGGUUAAGUAACAUAGACGACCAGCUGCCGGAAUCAUUCAAGAGUUACGAGACGCAAGACAAAACGGAAUAACAUUCAGCAAGAAGUGAUCAUCGUGAUAUUCGGACGCCGGCCACACGAAAAUUUGUGACGAUCAAGGGCAUCAUCUGGUAUAGGGAGAAAUCAUUUCGUCAUCUGUUGAAACAUAUUUCGACGUGACGGAAUAUUUCACAUACGCAGCAGAAGUUACAGGACCUGGGAAGAGGGAGUACCUUUACAAAUUUAUGGAAUACAGACCACGUUUAUCCCACGGACUUCGAAUUACGUCUUACGGACUAAAGAAAACAAACACGAGCACCCUCGAACUCAUUGUCAGUUUCAGUUGAAAUUGACAACGGUGUGUAUUUCACAACUUGCUUGCCAUUUCCCAGAGAAUAAUUUCAUUAUUUCAUCGGUAUGAAAGUGUGCCUUAAGUAACUUUUCUACACCAAGAAAGGAUUAACUAACGGUGUUGUUCCUUUUUUCUCAUCAAAGAACAUUCCGAUUUCCGGGAAGACAUUUUGUUUGAAGAAGCCGCCUCACGUGUUGCUACACAAAGGCAACCCCCCAACAAAGGCACAGCUACGGAUACCUUAGUGCAGAUUCCAGGUUCCUACCAUCAGUUGAGAAUUGGUGCUCUCAACAGAUAACUUAAUUUUAUAGUAUUCAUAUGAGCUUUUCACGCCAAAGGCCCCGGCCCUUAAUUGUGAGUCAUGGGCCACGUAAAAAGUUUAAUAAUUUUGAAUCGCAACCAAACGUAGGCAACCUCAGUCCAGAUUUACAACCCAACACACCACCGGUCUUUCAGAAACCAAGUUCACAGAAUGUUUUUAAGAUUGGAAAAUAUCUCUUGGUUGAACAAAGUGAUGGGAACGAAAUCUACAAGGCUGUUAACCUGACAACUGGAGACGAGAGUGUUUGCAAGGCCUUUCCAAUAAACAAAUACCAGGAGAUUUUGUCAGCCUACUGGCAGGUCGACUGUCAUGAACACGUCACAGAGGUUGCAGAGAUCAUCCUUGGGGAAUCCAAAGCAUACAUCUUCUUUGAGAAAAACUUUGGUGAUCUACACUCCUACGUCAGAUCUAAGAAGAGAUUGAAGGAAGAAGAAGCUUGUCGACUCUUUAAGCAAAUAAUUCAGGCUGUACAGCACUGUCAUGAGAAUGGAAUUGUGCUUCGAGACCUUAAGCUACGGAAGUUUGUCUUCAAAGAUGAAGCAAGAACUCAGUUACGUCUUGAUGGGUUGGAGGAUGCUGUUGUUCUUGAUGAAGAAAGCAAUGACAUGAUGACAGAUAAGCAUGGUUGUCCGGCGUACGUGUCUCCAGAGAUCCUUAGUGCUGCUGGAAGUUAUUCCGGAAAAGCUGCAGACAUAUGGAGUUUAGGAGUAAUGUUGUACACCAUGUUGGUUGGACGGUAUCCAUUUCACGACUCAGUGCCUGUUGCACUGUUUGGCAAAAUACGCAGAGGACAGUACACGAUUCCUGACAGUGUGUCAUCUAGGGCAAAAUGUUUACUGAAAAGUCUCUUGAGGAAGGAGCCAAAUGAACGACUUGCAGUGGAACACGUCUCACAACAUCCAUGGUUGAAACUGACAUCCUUUUCCAGUUAUGCACGUUCAAAUAGACAAAGUCAGGAUCAGACUGUUCCAGAAAUGUCCGUCGUGGAUAAUACAGACUCGUUCUAUGUGUGACACUGACGCUGUGAUCUUGGUACUCAACAAGUGUUUUUGGACAUGCUUCUCAAUAGUCAUUUGCUGAAAUGAACACAAUCAAAUGAUGUGGAAAUGACGUAGGUCGCUCAGGUCCUGAUCUCAAACAGUAUUUUCUGAAUAACUGAAAGGUAUGACCGACUUUGAAACAGAUGUGAUAUUUACUGCGUACGCCAGUGCUGAUUUCAGUCGUCCAUCUUUAAAUACUGAAGCAAUUUCGGGUAAUGGUUCAUAUGUAAUGGUGCAAUCUUAUUGGCUGAUGAAUGGGUCUAAGCGUCCGAAGUGGACAGUUAUUAUUCAGAUUACAUCUAAAUAGCCAAUCAGAAUUCAUCUCAGAGGCAGCGUUGCUAUGGAGAUAUAUUGAUCAGCAUCUCAUUUUCCAGCAUACAUUUAAGUGUACGGACGAUGUGUGUACUUUGAUUGCCUGUGGUUUGCCCUCUCCUUCGUGCCAAAUGUCCUCAUGAUCACACGUGUGACUGUAUGCUUGUGGUGUGAAAGUGAUGUCAAUGAGAUUAAGCUUACAGUGAGUGAAAGAUUGCAAUGCCUGUGUGCAUGUAUCAUUUUCUUCGUUCAUGUACAAUUAAAGCACGAACUCAGUGAGCCAGAAAUUCAUUUUCUAGGCACCUGUAUAUCUCCAUAGCAACUUCAUGUAACAUAGUGUCCAUGUAUCUAUGCUUACAAGCAAUCCUUGAAAAAUGGCAUCCAUCUAAUAACUGUAUAGAGAUGUUAUUGUAUAGAGAUGUAUAUUAGACAUAAAGGGCUGCUUUGUACAUUCGCUUUGAAAGGUCAAGCUUCAAGAUUAACUCUUACCCACCAAAGACUAUGGGAGUGGCAAUGAGGUUGUGAAAUACAUCUAAGUUUGUGUCAAUCUUUUUCCACAUCUUUCACUAAUCUGAUACAACAGAACAACAUUGAAAGAGACUCACAUUUUUCCAGAACCCAGGGAUUUCACUUUUAACUAAACAGAGGACAUGGUCAAGGAAGAGUUACUUCCCUUGCAUUGACUUGUCUGAAUGUAUUGGGUGGGCCGCUCACUGUCAGAAUGGACAGUGUAUAUCUAGUACUGGCUAGUGGGCAGUUGAUAGGGUGUUGUCAAUGUUUAGAUGGAGGUCCCCAUCGAAAUGAAUGUUUAGGUAUGAUAGGACCAACUCUUGUUGGGGAACAUGUCCUCUUGUUUGUGGUGUCCUGUUUGUCAAUUUGACUCAAUAUUAUUGUUAUGAAACCUAAUUUAAUUCUUUGAAGUAAAAUCUUCAUUUCUGUUGUAUAAAUAUUAAUUAAUUAUUAAUUUAUCCCCUUCUUGUUGCAAGUGAAAGAAUUGCUUUCAUUGUUCAAAAUGAGUUAUUAUACAUGGCUGUUUGGACAGGAAGCAUGGCUGUUGUAUGCUCGCUGAAUAAACAAUAAUGAAUGGAA